AUGCCGCUCAUUGUCCUGACGGGAUAUCCAUGCUCCGGUCUUACCUAUCGCGCAAAUCAGCUCGCAUCCCUGCUUGAGAAACACCAAGAUGAAGUGUUUGCAGCAGCUGAAGCAGGCGCCCAGGUCUCAUUGAAGUCCCGAUACAAGGUCCACGUUGUCGCCUCACAUGAUUCCUCCCAUCCACGGAUCGUCUACGACCAUGCCCGCACCGAGAAAGAGGCGCGUGGCGUCGCCUACGCAAGAGCGAAGCGCGUGCUCAAGCGGGACAGCAUCGUCAUUCUAGACGGAAUGAACUAUAUCAAAGGAUGGAGGUACCAGCUGUGGUGUGAGGCGAAAGCUGCGCAAACUACAUGCUGCGUGGUUCACGUCGGAACACCCGUCGACCAGUGUGUCGCCAACAACGACGCCCGAUUACGCCGAGACGCCAGAAAGAAAACAGACGCACAGCCGUCCGAGACCCAUGAUACACCCGCAUUCGACUCCACAGCCACCGAGGACACCGAGGAAGCCUACCCACCCGAACUACUCAACAACCUCAUCUUCCGAUACGAAGAACCCAGCACCCACAGCCGCUGGGACAAGCCUCUGUUCACAGUCCCCUGGGACGACCCCGAACCACCGGUAGCCGACAUCUUCGCCGCCCUGACCGGCGUAGUCCUCCCGACAACAGAAACCCCCACCGAAACCGCCCUUCCAAGCCUAGCCGACGCCCUCGCAUCAACCACCCUCUCUGACGCCGCCAGCACGGCAACGGGAACUCGCGGCGGCGGACGCACAGGUCUCUCGAACCGUGCGCGGAUCGUCCCACACCAAGCAACCGUGCAAGCGGUAGCCACAGACCCGAACGCGAUGUACGCAAUGGAGAAGCGCACGUCGGCAGUAGUGACAGCCAUCCGCAAUUUCACGCAGAGCUGCCCAUCUGCCGAAGUUGCCCUUGCGCAGAGUAAGCGCCGAGAUGCAAUCGCUAUUGACGUCCCGGAGGUCAAAGUGGCUGUGCUCGUCCCUUCACAUAUUGCCAUGUCUGGGACGACGGACGAGCUUGCUGGUGCGGGUGGGAUUUUGGCGUUGCCGCGGCUGCAGAGGCUGCGGAGACAGUGGAUUAGCUUGAACAGAGCGUAUAUUGGUCGGGGGCAUGGUGCCUCUAGUGGUACGCUGACGGCUGAUCAGAUUGGGGACGCGUUUGUGCGGUUCCUCAAUGCGGAGAUCUCGGGAGAGGUUGCUGAAGAGUAG